AUGGACGACAUCGGCGCCCUUUCUGCCUCCUGCCUAAGAUGUUUCGUGACGCUCGUGCAAUCCUUGUCAACAUCUUCAGAGGAAUUUACCAAGAUGAUGCCCCCAGGUGCGAUCGACAAUCAAUAUGCUCGUUUCAAAAUCUGGGCAGGCAAUCUGGACGCUUUACGCAGAGGUAGAAGCUCUCUUGAUGCGCGAUUACGAGACUCGGUCGUACUACGAGCAGCUGUCCUCAAACUCUUGGGGCAAUUACAAGACACCUUGACUAAGAGUGCAGAGAUAACCACUGGCGUUCGUCUGCCGUAUGAACGGGAUCUGGCCACAGGCUUCGAAUUGGGUGGCGAUGACACCCCCGGAUAUCGCAGUAAAGACUUGGGGAGUAUUAGUGACACCAGCAGCGAACCCGAUGCUGGCGAACUUACCGAGGGAUUGAGUGAGAUUGAAGAUGUUAUGGACCACCUAUACCGGUUGUCAUUCAAGAUCCGCAACACGAGAUACCGUUCCCUCAAUCCACAAGCUCUCCUCAUGAAAGACGAGGACCCAGACACGGGAAAGGACUUGUUCUCAGCGUAUGCAGUCUUCGAUCGUCGCCACGUAAAAGAGGUCCUAGAGUCUUUGCGUCGACCGCCGUCGCCAAAGGAAUUUCAAAAGGAACCUGCACAAGCUGUCCAUCACAACACGGUAGAUCUGCUAGACACCAAUCAUUAUUCGGUGGAUAGCAACGAUUACUUAACAGAUCGAUUAUCGAAAGCAAUCACCGAUCGGAGAAGGUACUUUAGAUACUGGCAGAAACAUGCUCUCAAGCUGUCCCUCAGGAUGGACGAACCAGCCUUUCAGCGAAUGGCCUCAGGCCUUCCAAUCCUUAAGCCUCCCAGAUCUACUUCCAAACCCGAUGUCAUCGUCUCUACCGCCGACAAUUUGAUUUCGCCGGAUGGGCCGAAAAGAGCUGUGUCAGGUACCGAUUUCUCGAGGUACAACACAAAUCUGGAUGAUCAGUUAGAUACGGAGACUGUCAUUUCCUAUACAACCACCGCGUUCGACUUGGAUGGAAAGUCCCCAGAAUUUCCUCCCCCUCCUGAUGCAGCUGAGCAGUCGGAAGAACACAUCCGUCAAGACCUCCAACCGUACGUGUGCACGUAUGAGGAAUGUCCAGAUGCCGACCACUUGUACGCUAGUCGGCACGCGUGGCUCGAGCAUGAGCGGCUGGUCCACCGUCGUGUAUGGAGAUGUUUCGAACACAAAUCCUUCAGUUCCAAGUCCAGAGAUAGUCUGUUCCAGCACUUUUCAGCCUGCCACCAGGACCUCCAUGCGCAGGAGAUCGAAAACCUCUUGGACUUGGCCGAGACGGCUCUAGUCGAUGAGAGAACGUCGUGCCCUUUCUGCCAUUCAGAUGGGCCUUUCGAAAAGGGGUUUCACAAUCACAUGGCUUUCCACCAGGAACAGCUGGCAACCUUCGCAGUCCCACGGAAUCUGGACAGUGACGAGAGUUCUAAACAAGUUCUAGGUUUCGGUUCCGGCGGCUCUUUGCUCUCCAUUUCGCUCGACUUUACGGACAAAGAUGAUAGUUCCAAAAGCAGUGACGCUGGCACGGAGCCCGAAAUCGGUCCUGACAAUCUUUUUGUCGCUGCAGAGACUGGCAACGUGCCACUUCUGAAACGGCUACUCGCCGAUUCCAUGAUAGACGCGGACUCGAAGGAUCCUAAUCUCCGAUCAGCACUGUCAUACGCGGCAGCGGGAGGGCAUGAAGAAAUCAUAAAGUUACUACUCAACACUCAUCGUGUGGAUGCGGAUUCCAAAGAUGUCAAGGGAAGAACACCACUGUCAUACGCGGCAGCGGAAGGGCAUGAAGAAAUCGUGAAGUUACUACUCAACACUCGUCGUAUGGAUGUGAACUCGCAAGACAAAGACGAUGCAACGCACUUGUACUAUGCAGCGGAGGCCGGAAGUGGAGCGGUUACAAGAAUACUCCUUGACACAGGGGCAGAUGUCAAUGCUCAGGGAGGAUCUUAUGGGAAUGCACUCCAGGCAGCAUGCGUUAGGGGUGGCACUGAUACUGUCCAAUUACUCCUUGAGGCGGGGGCAGAUAUCAAUGCUCAGGGAGGAAGAUAUGGGAAUGCACUCCAGGCAGCAUGCGUUAGGGGUGGCACUGAUACUGUCCGAUUACUCCUUGAGGCGGGGGCAGAUAUCAAUGCUCAGGGAGGAUAUUAUGGGAAUGCACUCCAGGCAGCAUGCGUUAGGGGUGGCACUAAUCUUAUCCGGAUACUCCUUGACGCAGGAGUAGAUAUCAAUGCUCAGGGAGGAUUUCAUGGGAAUGCAUUCCAGGCAGCAUGCGAUGGGGGUUACACUAAUAUUGUCCGAUUACUCCUUGAGGCGGGGGCACAUGUCAAUGCUCAGGGAGGAGACUUCCCGGGUCCUGUAAAUAUCGCGGUAGAGAAAGGAUUUACGGAGGUUGAAAAAUUGCUACGGGACGCGGGAGCUAGAGAUGAUUCUUGA